UUAUAAUAUGCACUCAGAAAACAUGGACACAGAAAACGAAAUAAUUAUUGUGGGGCAUGAUUCUGAUUAUGAAGAUGAAUUCCAAGGUAUGAUUACGGAAGAACUGAAUGGUGAAGAGAAUGAUAAUGAAGCAUACAAUUCGAACCAAUGGCCAGUGGCAGCUACAAAAUUACUUAUUUCAUUUAGAGGGGCAAUGAGUACUGACUUUGAAAAAAUUAAAAAGAAGGGUCAAAAAGCUGUACUUUGGCAAACAAUUGCCAACAAAAUAAAUAAAAAAAAUUAUAAUCUUACUGCGAAGCAUUGUGAUGAAAAGUGGAGACGGUUGCUUACACGUUUCCGACAGGUAAACGAUGCUAGUAAACGUAGCAGAAAUGGAGGCGUCAGAUGGCAAUACUAUGAUCUAAUGCAAGAAUCAAUGUCAUCAGUAUCAAAACAGACCAUUUCACCUCCAAAAAAUUUGUUACAUGAGUCUUCUAAGUCUGAAUCGACUCCAUCAGUAUCAAAAUCUCAUAAUUUGAGUACUCCAGAAUUGUCAUCACCAGCAUCAAGUUCUAGCCCAUCACCAACACAUCGUCCAUCAUUACUAAAAAUAAACAACAGUGACAAAAUGCCUGUUUGGUUUGAGAAAUUUAAAAUAUUAAAAGAACAACAAAUAGAAGCGAAUAAUGACAACACAGCACAACUCCGUGAACGAUUAGACAAACUGGAGAAAAGAGAAGAGAAUAUGUUAGAAAUACAAAAGCAGCUUGUGAGUAAGUUAGAUACAGCAAAUAAAAUUGAGCUACAGAAGUUGGAAAUGUUCAAGAAAAUGUUUAACAACUCCUAG